ACGGCGUCAGGAGUGAGGGAGGGGAGAAGGGGGAAAAAAAAAAGGUGGGCGCAGAGGUCCGACCGGCGAGGGGUGGCGCCCUAAACGCAUCUCAUCCGGCGCUUGGACACGCUGUGCCGCUGCCUGCGACCCACAGCGACACGGUCCGCUCCCGCAGUCCGCUGGCUCCGUGUCUGCAGCUCAGGAUUGUGACAUUUCAUCGGUGGGGACUAGAAACAUGUGCGCCUGGAUGGUGUGACACAGCGGCUUUUGGGGUUCGUUGCUCUCGGAUACGACAAGUACCCGACGUUACGGCGCACCUUGUGUAGUAGACACACGUGGUCAUCGCCCGGCGGGAAAUCUCUGGACCUUGGACGUUCUGUGCGGAUGUGGCUGCUCUCGUUCUCCCGUCCCAGCUGGCUCUCAGCGCUCUCUGCUGCACCGCUCAAGGAAGCGAGAGAACCAUGAGCACUGUGGAGGAGGAGCCGGAUCACAUGAUACCAUGAAGACAAGCCUGCAGGUCCUGCGCUGCCAGCUGCUGAGUGUUCUAGUGUUCCUAGCACUGCCAGUAGGACUGGUGUCAUCGGCACAGGAGCUGUACCUCAUCCAGACAUCCCAGGACUCUGUCUCCAUGGCAGCCGCCCAUAGCAGCCCCCUAUCGGCUCCGAAACCCGCCCCCUUGGACUGGCCUCAAGAGGGCUCCAGUAGCGGGGAAUGGACGUCCAAAGGAGGCAUUCAACCAUCAAGCAUCAACAUCCCCACUGCCUCCGUGCUCCAACCUUUUGCCUUGCUUCACACCACCCAAAGGUCCAGUCUUGCUCAUGCUGAUGCUCCCAUCGGUGAAUCAAAUACAGUUGCCCCAAACACUGUGAGCACUCAAAGUCAUGUAGAUCAGGACCUGGAGCGAGGUUAUAAUGUUGUAAACCAAGGCAAAAUGCACAAAUUUGUCAAGGCACCUCAAGUCCCAAAGCCAGUUACAAUGAGCACUAACCAGGCCAGCACAGCAGCGCCAAAUUUAGACCUGGAAUCUACUCCUAAAGGGGCUCUGAACCCCCUGUCUCUGAUGUCCAGCUCUGGAUCAGACAGAGGAGACACACUAAAAGCAGAACCACGGAGGCUGACCCCUACUGCUCCAGGUCGGAAGUAUCCUAAGCAGUCCUCCUUGACCCCCCUUCCCUCUUCAUCAAUGAAUGCUGGCCCUGUAAAUCGUCCAAAACUCAGGGAGCAAGCUGCACCCCAUUCAAUCACCCUGAGGGAGGUGCAUGCAAACAACGAGCCCCCCACUGAGGAACUAGUGUUAGCACCCAAGGAAGGGACUGUCGCUCCAGUCGAGAGCCCACCAGAGAAUCUAACCUCCACUGUGUCCACUCCAUCCCUGGAUGUCAGCGUCAAGAAUAAAACAAUCACCCCAAACAACCAAACUUCACCCAAUGAGACCACCACCACUACAGAAGUUGUUCUAGGUAAUGGCACAGACAAUGCCCCUCUGGGACACUGGUUGGGGAAUGUAACUGCGAAUGGAGGGCUGCUCUCCAAUGACAGCUCAGUGGAGGAGUCGCUCGCUCAGGGGAACAGGUCGGAGCCCUCCUCCACAGCCAGUGGGAACUUCCUAAACAGGCAGGUUCCUGCCACAACACAGGACCCCUGGACUCCUGGCAACAGCUCUGGCCCCACCGUGGAGUCCCCGACGUCCCGACUGACCAUCUGCCUGAGCAGGAUAGACAUUGUGUGGAUCGUGCUGGCCAUCAGUGUGCCUGUUUCCUCCUGUUCUGUUCUUUUGACCGUGUGCUGCAUGAAGAGGAAGAAGAAGUCGUCGAGUCAGGAGAACAACCUCAGCUACUGGAACAACGCCAUCACCAUGGACUACUUCAGCAGGCACGCCGUGGAGCUGCCCAGAGAGAUACACACUCUGGAGAGCGAGGAGCACGACACCUGUCUACCGCCUAAUGGAGACUACAGCGGCAGCAGCAUGGUUCUGGUUAACCCUUUCUGCCAGGAAACCCUCUUCAUCAACAGAGACAAGGCGUCUGCCAUCUAGAGACUGCAAAAAGAGAGACACUGUCAGACUCCCCCUCUUCUACUCCCCCUGCUGUUGUUGUCUAUUUUAUAUAUGUGGUAAAUAUUCAGAGACUUUGACUUUAUACUGUAUAUGAUAAAAAAAAAUACAAAGAGAAACCAGAAAGAAGAGUGAUGUAAACAGACACUAUUUACUAUGAGAAUGCACCCGCAUAUUUUUCUGAUGUACAUUUUCUACAAAAAGGCUUAAUUGUGAUAAAAAGGUUUUUAUGUCUUUAUAAAAUACAGAGUAUAUGUGGUUUUGUUGCAUUACAGUGGCUGUAUGGUGAGUGCACUGUGAGUGUUGCCACAUGAAACCUGCUUUAGAGAGCUAUGAAAACAUUGAAGCUGUACUUUGUAAUGUUUUUCCUUUAAAUCAAUCCCAAAAUA